ACAGUUAACAGGCCCGCAGUCUCGAUCAGAUACACAGAAGGGCGAGGGACCAGCGGAGAAGUAACAGAUAGCAGCAGCUCCCAAACGCGUAGUGUGUGAACUAAACGGGGCGAUUUCAGUUAAAAAUAAACGCUGGGACAAUAGUUCCCUGGGACCUGGAUUUUGGAUCCCCCCUAAUGCGAGUGAGUGGCAAAGAGUCCUGGAACAAAAAACAAAGCGAUGGGAGCGUUUGGAGUGGUCAUAUGGAUUUUACACUGCAUGGGACUCUACAUCCAACUUAGCGCCUCGUCAAAGCAAGUGGGAUACCCGGACCUAGAGAAUCAUAUCUCCGGCAAUGUUUCAGCCCUGUUCACAGAGGUGCCUCAUGACAUCACAACGCAGCCAGGUCAGGAUGUGGAGAUGGCCUGCUCCUUCCGGGGCAGCGGUUCACUCUCCUACUCCCUGGAGAUCCAGUGGUGGUACAUCAGAAACCACAAAGACUGGAUGGACAAACAGGCAUGGACCUCCAACCAGAUAAUGCCCCAAGAAGAGAUUUCAAAGGAUGCAGCCAAAAUCAGCGUCGUGAAGGUCGCUGGGAGUAACAUCUCUCACAAGUUGCGCCUGUCCAGCGUGAAGCCCUCAGACGAGGGGACGUACGAGUGCCGGGUGAUUGACUUCAGCGGCGGCAAGGCCAGAUACCACAAGGUUCGGGCUUACCUGCAGGUGGAACCAAACAAGAACUCGGAACCAGAGCACCACGGCUUCGGCCCCCGCCCACAGGACACCAAGGCAGGGAGCCACCAAUCCAACCAUGGCAAGCACACACCCAUACACAGCAAUCACAAAGGAGGCAGGGAGCUGAAGAAACGAUCGGUGGAUAAUGCUAAUGACUGCACUGACAGCUGUGUGCUGUAG